CUACGCUUGUCUUUUUCUUUCCUUUUCAACCUUUAAAAACCUUGGUUUUUUUUUUUCUCUUUCCCCAUUUUUUUUUUCUCUCUCUUUCUUUUUUCAUUUAUUAUUAUCUUUACUCAAUUCGUUGACUUCUUUCGAUUGAUAUGACCGUUCUUCCUCUAAAAGAUUCCAAGGAUCCUAAUGCACCUAUUGCUUUGGCACGUUUAAACCAAAUCAAAAGUCAACUUAAUUUGACACCUUCUUCCAUGUCACGUCAAGCUCCAAAAGAUAUGGCUGCUGAACGUGCUGCUGCUGAUUUCGACAUUACUGCUUUAUCUCACUUUUGGGUGGGUGGUGAUAAGAAAUAUCAACUUAUGCAACAAGCUUAUGAUAUCAUUAAAAAUGACCCUGAACUGGUGUUACAAUCUCCUAAGAACUUUUUGGAAAUGAAUCGUGAAGAUAUGCGUGAAUUUACCAUGGGCCAAAUUUAUCGUGUGGUGCAAAUCGUACUCAGUGGAAAAUAUGAAAAGGAAUUGGCUUAUGAAAUUGCAAGAACUACCAAUAUUUAUAAUGAAUCCUUUAGUAUGCGAUUCUUUGUCCAUGAUUCUCUCUUCAAGAACGUCGUCAACAUGUUGGGAAACAAGGAACAACAAGAUAGAUACAAUGAUGAUAUUGAUAAUUUUCGUAUCUUUGGCUGUUUUGCUAUGACGGAAUUGGGUCAUAGUUCGGCUUUACGUGAUUUGGAAACUGUGGCUACUUAUGAUGCUGAUGCGGAUGAAUUUAUCCUUGAAUCACCCACAAUUACAAGUACGAAAUGGUAUAUUGGUGCAGCUGCUCAAACGGCUACUCAUACCGUAGUUAUUUCUCAAACUGUUAUUAAUGGCAAGAAUGUGGGUCUCAAUUGGUUCGUUGUUCAAUUACGUGAAAAGGCUUCCGGAAAGGUGAUGCCUGGUGUUGUUCUAGGUGAUAUUGGCUCCAAAGCUGGUCAUCAAGGUGUAGAUAACGGAUGGAUUCAAUUUAGAAAAUUACGUAUUCCUCGCUCUGAUAUGCUGGCUAAAUGGGUUAGCUUGGAUCGUGAUGGUACUUAUCAUCCUGCACCCAAUCCUGCCGUCAUGUAUGCCACCUUGAUUCCUGAACGACUUAGUUUAUUGACAGUGACAACACAAUUAAUCUCUCAAGCUUUGACCAUUGCUACUAGAUAUGGAGUGGUGCGCAGACAAGGUCCUAAGAAUCAACAAAUCAUGGAUUAUCAAUCACAUUAUGUCAAGCUCAUCCCGGCUAUUGCUUUUAUGUAUAUGAUGCAAUCUGCUUCCAUUGAUAUUGACAAGAAUUUCAACAUUCUGACCUCAGGUGGAAAGAUCGAUGAUCCUAUUGUAUAUUUGAACCAUAUGGGUGAAAUGCAUGCUGUCUCAGCUAGUAUCAAGGGUUUGUCUGGGUGGUACGCUUCUGACAUAUUGGAAACUUGUCGUCGUUGCUGUGGUGGUCAUGCCUAUUCUACAUACAAUGCGAUUGCCUAUAUAACAAACGAGUGGGGAGUCAUGACAACUGGUGGUGGUGACAAUGUAGUGUUAUUACAACAAGCUGCUAGACUUUUAUUAUAUCGCUUACAACAAAAAUUGGAAUUCGAUGAUUAUCCUGAACUGAAAUUCAAAUCCUCUUCUCAUUAUAUUGCGGAUGCUAUUCGAUUAUUAGCUUUAGAACAAUGGAACGUGACAGAUAUCAAUCUUUGUCGUCGUGAUCCCUCUUUAGUGGAAGAAGCUCUCAAUGCCAUUCUGGUCAAGCGCCUCAAUAGCAUCAAUGAAAGUCUCAAGAACGGUGCUAACCACAAUGAUUUACUUUUGGAAUCUGUUCGAGUUGCUGAACUUCAUUGUGCCACUUAUAUUUUCUCCGUCAAUGUGGCCAAGUUUGGUUUGCCUCAAGCUCCUGCUCAUAUUGAAAAGAGUGUUUACAAUAUCAUGCAACGUUUGACUAUUCUCUGGGGUCUUCAUACUCUUCAUACCUAUAGCGAUCAAGGCUUCAAAGAAGGUUUCUUGACUCCUCAACAUAUCAAGGAUGUGGAAAAACUUUAUUUGGACAUCAAUAAAAGUCUUCGUUCUCAAGUGAUUGGUUUGACAGAUGCUUGGGGUUUCCCUGACUUUGUACUCAAGGCACCCAUUGCCAAGUAUGAUGGCGAUAUUUAUGAAACCUAUUUUGAAACUCUUUUAACUGCUCCUAAUAGUACUGGUAUUCCACCUUAUCAAGACAAAUACGUCAAACCAUUGACAGAACGUGUUGCCAAAAAGUAGAUGUUAGAUAAUACAUACUUCCUUACCUUUUGUUAUUAUUCCCCAUUCUCCCUUUAUUUUUUGUAUUAUACUUCCUUACCAAAAAAAUUUUUUUGUUAUCGACUGGCCAUUAACUUGAAAUAAAAAACUUUCUGUCAGUUUUAUGUACUA